GGGUCGAAGAGUAGCAGGUGUGAGAAGUGACGGUUGGAAAUUGAGAGAUCUGUGAAUGAUGUACAAGAGAACUGCACGGAGAUAAAUAUUACGAAAGUAUGGGACCGAUGAUCAACUAAGAAGUAAAACAAUCGGGACGCCGUCUUCCGUUUCCCCUCGGCGAAAGCCCGCGGCAAAUUAUGGCAGGAAGGAUUUGUAAAGGAAAGGAUGUUCCCAUGGAAGCGGCGGGCGCUCGUGUGCACACACAAAAAGGAGGACUAUUUCGCUGCGAUAUUUAAAGAAGGGGAAUAAAAGAGGACGUCUUAGGAACCACGAAAUUCAUUCAUGGGACAGGAUGAAAAGGAGGGCACCCCCACCCGCGGAGCGAAAAGAGAGCAAAAAGAAAGAGAAGGCUUAGGAGGACGUAAAACGCGGAGAAGAAGAAGAUAUGAGUAUUACGACCCAGGAUAUGGAAACCAUUUCUUAAGCUGGGAAGAAGAAGAAGAAGAAGAAGAAGAAGAAGAAGAAGAAGAAAAUCUGAAGGAUGAUGAUGGCAUUAAUAAUCUAAUAUAUUCACUGGCAUUAAUAAUCUACAAUAUAAUAUAUACUGGGAUUCACUGGUGCGAGACUUUUCAUCUUUCAAACCUUUCACUAUUGAUUGUCACUGAGUUGCAGUUAGCAUUACUGGCGCAACUCUCUCGAUCUAUACUAUGGCAUAGCAUUGUCCAUAGUGGCCGCAAUAUCGGGCCUACGGAGAGCUACAGCGGCCGUAGGAGCGGUCGGCGGCGCGCUGUCGCCCGCCCAGCAUAUGUGGCGCUCCCAAGCGCAGUGUGGCCGUCCCGCCGACGGCGCUCGACAGUAUGGGAGAUGCGGGUAAGCGCCGCCAGGUGGCAGGUCAACCGCGGCGGCCGGGCGACCAGCAGACUGGAACGUGACGCAGCAAACCGCACCUGCUGCUACUCGCUCGGGCAAGUGAAGAGAGGAAGAAUAUGA